AUAUUUUUAUAUGUUUUCUUCAGUCAGAUGACGUUUACCUUGAGGUUCAGAUACAAAACAUUACUCCUGGACCAGUCUACAUGGAACAUGUCAGACUGGACCCUUCAAAUCUGUACAAAUCUGAGGAACUGAAUUCAUUGGAGAAGAAACAAGGACCAGGCAAUGUAUUUGGAAAAGUUGACUAUUUAAACCCUAUGGACACACGGCAGUAUUUGUAUUGUCUGGCACCCAAACCAGAGAUGUAUCAAGAGAAUAAGGUGCUAAAAGGGGUCACCAACAUUGGUAAAUUAGACAUUGUGUGGAAAACGAACCUGGGAGAGAAAGGGAGAUUACAAACUAGUCAGCUUCUUAGAGUGGCCCCGGGGUAUGGGGAUAUCAGAGUGACAGUAGAGAAGAUGCCUGAUAGUGUUCCAUUGGAGAAAACAUUUGAUGUAACUCUUAGAAUAACAAACUGCUGUGAAAGAGAUAUGGAACUAACAAUGGUGUUACAGAAUGACUUGAACUCGGGUCUCAUGUGGUGUGGCCUCUCUGGCCAGAAACUUGGCACCCUGCCACAGAAUGAACACAUGGAUCUGUCUCUAAACCUUCUCACCACGGUCCCUGGAUUACAG